AUUUUUUAUUACAAUAGACAAGAAGAAAUCGAUGAGCACUAUGAACUAUCUAUCCCCGACGAGCACCGGCAGCGAUUUUGGUUCAGUCUUGAGGUUCCAGAAGACACUACAGGCGCCGCUCUACGAUUUGCUGGGACCCUAUCCAGAUGAGAUCAUCAUGGCGACGUUGGAUCGUAUUCUAUACUAUUCAGGGGCUACUAAGGUCAUUCGAAUGCUGGCAAUGUCUGUUUGUGCCCCAGAAGGCGACACGCCCGACAAAGAACGCGCCGCGACCAGCUGCGGCUCCGUUCCAAGUCUAGUUUGUCCAUCUACCUCGGCCGUGACCUGCUGUUCUUGGCCUCCCAGCAACUGUAGUUAUCGGAAAGUUCCGUCAACUCCUUGCAAGCAGAAGCCGUCCUGCAUCAAGAGAGCCAGCAAAAAGCCAUCAUCAUGCUGCAAUCGGUCCACCUCCUCUUUACCGCGCCGACGGUCUCCGCGAGUGGACUUUUGCAAUCCCGUGGAUGACUUCGAGCCGCGAAAAAUAGGCGGCGAAUGUCUUCUUGGCGAGCGCAUUAAGGAAUCGCUGUCAACCUGCGCCUUAACUUGUGCGCGACUGAAGUUGAAGCUCUCGACAAGAGCCAGCUCUGCGCCGUCCAAUAAGAACAAGUGGCUGUGGACGAAACUGGUCAGCGCAAGGGAUGGCUACAAGGUGUACGAGGUAUUCAAGGAGUCUAAUGCCGAGCAAGACCCUUCCCAGAUCGUAGGCAAGGGAUCACCCGUCAUAGUAUUCCUGGUCUUGCCCAAUGGGUAUAUUAUGCCGUUUGAGUCAAUCUCCACGGAUUAGUUAAUUGGCACGU